AUCAGUCAGCACUCCUCAGUUUGUUUAUUUUACAAAUCAAACAUUGUCAACGUAAAAUGUUGAACGCAUGUGUUAUGUAACAUCUUUCAGAUUGUUAAUCCUUCCCCGAGAAAACAGAAAAUCUUGUAUGAACAGUAUAUUCGGUGAAUAACUAGAGUGGGAGUUUGACACAUGCUUGGAUUUAAAAGUUUUAUUUACUUACAACGGGGUCAUUGAUGGCCGAUUAGUCCCGUAUGCUUACCACGGAGUAACCUGUACGUUGUGGGGUUGGGUUUUUUUGGACAGUGCUGGUGGUACUUGGUAGACAAGAACAUUGACUGCAGUUAUGCUGAAUUUGACUCUAGAUUGGCAGACGAUAGUUGUUUCCAUCUGCUGUGGUCUUAUUGCCUACUACGUCAUCAAACGUCUGAAAUUCCGUCUGCCACCUGGACCAUGGUGUAUACCGAUUGUAGGAAAUUACCCAGUGUAUACGUCACCUGACCCGUACAGGAAGAUCUUUCAGAUGGUGGACACUUACGGACCCGUCAUUAGCGUAUCAUAUGGUCCAAUGAAUUGGGUUUUUCUUAACAACAUUGAUGUAGUGACUGAAGCAUUCGUGAAAAAACAGGAGGAUUUCGCAGGGAGACCCCAGAUGACGACAGGGAAAAUGUUCACCGAUGGCGGUAAAGAUAUUGCGUUCGCUAACUACUCUCCAAUGUGGAAAAUCCAUCGGAAAAUCGCAAGUAAAGCUCUACGCCAUUAUCUACAAGGCAGCCUACUGCAAGAUAUGAUUCAAGAGAAUAUGUCAAAAUUCAUGGAUGAAAUGGCCAAAGAAACUGAGCCAUUCAUACCGAGAGACUACAUAAAUCUGAUAGUCUUCCAUCAACUAUAUACCCUCUGUUUUGGAGAAAAGAGGCCCGUAAAUGACCCGGAAGUGAAAGAUUUUUUGAAAACGUAUGAAGAGUUUGUAGUUCACUUCGGUGCAGGUGCCCUAGAGGAUAUCGUUCCUUUCCUCAUAUACAUCUACCAGACUGCCAAAUACAAGCAACUUGUCAAACAAAAGGAAAAACUGUUCUCGUUUAUAAAGCAGAAAUAUAACAAUCACAAGGAGUCGUUCGAUCCGAGCAUCAACAGAGAUCUGAUGGACUGCCUACUGAUCGCCAAACACGAAGCAGAGAGCGAAAGCGCAGACGAAAAUCAGGCGGAGUUUGAUGACGUAUAUUUGAUACAGACUAUUGGCGAUAUUUUCUUUGGGGGAACGGAUACCAGCAAAACGAUCAUGGAUUGGUUCGUGUGCUUCAUGUCUGGUCUCCCACAUAUACAAGCCAAGUGUCAGGAGGAAAUUGAUAACAAUAUUGGCAGUCGACAAUUGACGACGAAGGAUCGCCACAGACUUGUGUAUAUUGAUGCCUGUCUGUGUGAAACUAUGAGACUGGGUCCUGCGGUGUCACUGGGUGUUCCUCACUGCACGUUGUGUGACACUCAAGUCGAUGGUUACGACAUUCCGAAGGGAACCGUGGUUUUAGCCAAUUUGUAUGCUCUACAUCGAGAUCCGAAACACUGGAAAAACCCCGAGACGUUUGAUCCAACACGAUUUCUGAAUAAAGAUGGUACGUUGAAUACGAAACCAGAGAGUUAUCUCCCCUUUUCAACGGGACGUCGGGUGUGUUUGGGGGAACCCGUGGCAAAGCCAGAACUUCUUUUGAUGUGCGCAAGUUUUCUGCAAAGAUUCAAAAUGUCCCUUCCUCCUGGAGUGGAGCCUAAUUUUGAGGGUAUUCCUCUCUCAUUUGGAGUAGAAGUUCCACACAGCUAUAAAAUAGUUAUCAAAGAACGAAAUGUGUAAGGAGUGUGGAAACUGGUUUCUAGACUGAACAUUUUAGAAAUAAUAGAAGGUGUCAAUUUCACGCUUUCAGUUUUUGUUUUUGCUAUAUGUAAACCAUCUAUACAUGUCAAUGAAGUGUUAGCCUUUCAAAAUUGGUACAGAUUACAGUUCUAAGUGUAAAACAUAGAUACCUUGGUGCAACCCAAUAUUCAGUGAAUGGGUUUGUCAUCUUGAAAGCUUGCCACCGUUUUAUAUCACGGAAGUAUUCACAGCUUGUACGAUUUUAUAUCACGGAAGUAUUCACAGCUUGUGCGAUUUUUGCGCAAAUUCUUCACCAGUUUUAGUCAAUACUUAUUCCAUUAGACCAAAUAAAUUGUGCAUCUAUGAAACAAAUAUGUCCAGUUGAAAAUUUCCAUGUCAGCUCGAUCAAUAUAAAAUUGAAAGAGUUGACAACAGAAUUGUGAUGCGAAUUUCUUUUUAGCUCACCUGAACUGAAGGUUCAAGUGAGCUUUUCUGAUCAAAAUUUGUCCGUUGUCUGUCGUCGUUGUUGUCGAUGUAAACUUUUCUCAAUUUUAUCUUCUUCAGAACUACUGGGCCAAUUUCAACCAAACUUGGCCAAAAGCAUUCUUGGGUGAAGGGCUUUCAAGUUUCUUCAAAUGAAGGGCCAUGUCCCUUUCAAAGGGGAGAUAAUCACAAAAAUGCAAAAAUAGGGAUCAUUUAAAAAUCUUCUUCCCAAGAACCACUGAGCCAGAAAAGCUGAUGUUUACAUGAAAACUUUCUGACAGUGCAGAUUCAAGUUUGUUCAAAUCAUAGCCCCCGGGAGUAAGAUGGGGCCACAAUGGGGAUCAAAGUUUUACAUACAAAUAUAUAGUUAAAAUCUUCUUCUCAAUAACCACUGAGUCAGAAAAGCUGAUAUUUACAAGAAAACUUUCUGACAUAGUGCAGAUUCAAGUGUGUUCAAAUCAUGGCCCUCGGGGGGUAGGAUGGGGCCAGAAGUGGGGGGUUGGUUCAAAGUUUUACAUACAAAGGAAAAUCUUUAAAAAUCUCCUUCUCAAGAACCAUUGGGCCAAAGAAAUUGACAUUUAUAUGAAAGCUUUCUGACGUAGUGUAGAUUCAAUUUUGCAAAAAUCGUGGCUUCCAGAUGUAGUUGGGGCCAUAAUAGGGACUAAGGUUUUACAUGCAAAUAUAUAUGGAAAGUCUUCAGAUAUGGGCCAAGGUGACUCAGGUGAGCGAUGUGGCCCAUGGGCCUCUUGUUAAAAUUUCAAUCCUAUUUUUCUUUAAUGAUCCCCAUUUGCCAAAGCUCAGUUUUCAAUUAUUCAUACCGUCAAUAUAAUUGUUUAAGAAAUAAAGAUCGCGUUUUCGUGUACAAUUGUGUGAUAGACUCUUCUGUCGAGAAAUGUUCUGAAAUAUAAAAGCCGAGGCGUUACCGGAGGCUUAUAUAUUUCAAGACGGAGGAGGUUAUCAUGUAAUUUACAAGAAAACAACAACUUGAUUCUACUACGGUCCAGAAAUAUACAGCCUAUCAUUUACCUACACAACUACAAAUUUAAUUAGGUCACCGUGACGUUAUGACACGUGACGCCCAUAUGUUUUUGCUGAUGAAAAGGUGAGACGGUAGGAUAUAUUGGAUCUAUUUUGAAAAAUAUUUCAAGUACAAGUAUUUAGUUUGAUGUUGUCUAAAUAUAUCAACUGCUAUGAAUACAUAGUUCAAGAAAGUUGUGUGUGCAUCGAUCGGGUUUUUAUGUAAAUAUCGAUCUCGGAAUGCAGAACAUUGAUUUGAAUACCGAGUGGCAAAUGUUCUUCAGUUAUUAAUGAAUUUGUUUUGCACCAUU